AUCAUCGCUGCUUGCGGCCUCGGUCGACGUCUCCUCCAAUGUCCACAAUGGCCGAUCUCACAGCUGGUCCCUCCAGCCGAGCUAGGCAACACGACAACAUAUGGCCCGGGACAUUUGCCGCUGUACGUACAGCGGCAUCCGCCCGUCGGUCUCGGACGCGGAUUGGACACCGUUCGCAAAGUCCGCCGGCGGGUCACUGUGUUGUGCCGAUGCAACCGCAGGCAAUUAGAUGAGUGUUUGAUGUCGUUCGCACAGUGGCAGGGCCAGUAUCACCUCGGCAACUGUGCUGCACGAGCACGGCUGCCGAGACAAUACUGACCUGCGACCUCUCCCUCUGCGCAUACACCGUCGGGGAUGGCUGCGAGAACGGAUGUCCGGGGUUGUGUGUGCCGGCUGCACCAGUCGGUGCAGGGACACUGAACAUCGUAGCUUUAGUUACGCACAUGUA